AUGACGUCGGAGCGUUCUCGAAUCCCGUGUCUCUCGGCUGCUGCUGCCGAAGGAACAGGGAAAAAGCAACAAGAAGGAAGAGCAAUGGCGACACUGGAUCGCAAAGUGCCCAGUCCGGAGGCGUUUCUGGGCAAACCCUGGUCCUCCUGGAUCGACGCCGCCAAAUUACACUGCUCCGACAAUGUAGAUUUAGAAGAGGCUGGAAAAGAGGGUGGAAAAAGCAGGGAGGUUAUGAGGCUUAAUAAAGAAGAUAUGCACUUAUUUGGCCAUUAUCCAGCACAUGACGACUUCUAUCUCGUAGUGUGCAGUGCCUGUAAUCAGGUCGUCAAGCCACAGGUUUUCCAGUCGCACUGCGAGAGAAGACACGGGUCAAUGUGCAGACCUUCUCCCUCUCCAGCGUCCCCAGCCUCCAAUCCCAGGACAUCACUAGUACAGGUGAAAACGAAAGCCUGUCUCAGCGGCCAUAAUUCUGCCAGCAGCACCUCAAAGCCAUUCAAAACGCCCAAAGACAAUCUACUUACCUCCAGCAGCAAACAGCACACAGUCUUUUCUGCAAAAGGAUCAAGGGAUAAACCAUGCGUUCCGGUUCCUGUAGUCAGUUUAGAGAAAAUUCCUAACCUAGUAAAGGCAGAUGGUGCCAAUGUCAAAAUGAACUCUACAACCACUACUGCAAUCACCUCCUCCUCCACCAUGUCCUCUGCUGUCUCCACCCCACCUUUAAUUAAGCCAGUCUUGAUGUCCAAGUCAGUGCCACCUUCACCAGAGAAGAUCUUAAAUGGCAAAGGAAUUCUGUCAGCCACCAUAGACAAGAAACACCAAAAUGGCACCAAAAACAGCAACAAGCCUUACAGGAGACUUUCAGAGAGAGAAUUUGACCCAAAUAAACACUGUGGAGUAUUGGAUCCCGAGACAAAGAAACCUUGCACAAGAUCCCUCACCUGCAAGACACAUUCGCUAAGCCAUCGGAGAGCAGUCCCAGGCCGGAAAAAGCAAUUUGACCUCCUCCUGGCGGAACACAAAGCCAAGUCCCGGGAAAAAGAAGUUAAAGAUAAAGAGCAUCUCCUGGCUUCCACAAGGGAAAUACUACCAAACCAACCCGGGCCGGCGCAGGGUUCUCUGCCAGGAUCUUCAGGGAGUUCUGGGCCAGAACUGAAAGUUACAUCGCCUACAAAAUCCCGGCCACCUAACUCUGUACUUCCUAGACCAUCAUCUGCAAAUAGCAUAAGCAGCAGUGCAUCUUCAAAUCACAGCGGCUACACUCCAGAGCCCCCUCUGCCCCCAGUUGGAGGGGACCUCGCCAGCCGGCUGUCCAGUGAUGAAGGGGAGAUGGACGGAGCCGACGAAUCCGAGAAGUUAGACUGUCAGUUCUCCACGCACCACCCCAGGCCUCUCGCGUUUUGCUCAUUCGGGAGUCGCCUCAUGGGACGAGGGUACUAUGUGUUUGAUAGAAGAUGGGAUCGUUUUCGAUUCGCACUAAACUCCAUGGUAGAAAAACACUUGAACUCACAGAUGUGGAAGAAGAUCCCUCCUGCGGCAGAUAGCCCCAUGCCCUCGCCAGCAGCCCACAUCUCCACCCCUGUUCCAGCAUCCGUUUUGCAGCCUUUCAGCAACCCCAGUGCUGUGUAUCUUCCUUCAGCUCCCAUCAGCUCGAGACUCACGUCUUCUUACAUAAUGACAUCAGCCAUGCUCUCAAACGCAGCUUUUGUGACAUCGCCGGACCCGAGCGCCCUCAUGUCCCACACCACAGCUUUCCCUCAUGUGGCCGCAACCCUCAGCAUCAUGGACUCAACCUUCAAGGCCCCAUCUGCUGUGUCCCCGAUACCAGCUGUCAUCCCUUCCCCAUCCCACAAGCCAUCCAAAACCAAAACCAGCAAAUCCUCAAAAGUCAAAGACCUGUCCGCCCGCAGUGGCGAGUCUCCGAGUAACAAAAAGAGGAAGCCACAGCCUUCGACCUCCUCCUCCUCCCCCUCCUCCUCCUUGUCCUUGCAGACUUCCCUCUCGUCUCCACUGCCAGGGCCCCACAAAAAGAACUGUGUCUUGAAUGCCACUUGCGCUCUGAACUCCUAUCAGGCGGCCCCUCCCUAUAACAGUCUGUCUGUGCACAACUCAAACAAUGGGGUGAGCCCACUCAGUGCCAAACUGGAGCCCUCAGGACGGACCCCGCUGCCUGGUGGCCCGGCGGACACAGUGAGACAGGUGGGCGCGGUGGGCGGCAGCAGUGACUCCUGUCCCCUCUCUGUGCCCUCCCUUGCGCUCCACGCAGGGGACCUCUCUCUGGCCUCCCACAAUGCUGUGUCUUCUCUGCCCCUCUCUUUUGACAAAUCAGAAGGAAAAAAGCGUAAGAACUCGAGUUCUAGUAGCAAAGCCUGUAAAAUCACUAAAAUGCCUGGUAUGAAUAGCGUUCACAAAAAGAACCCGCCCGGCCUUCUUGCACCGGUGCCCGAUCCAGUUAACAGCACCUCCUCUCGGCAGGUUGGGAAAAGUAGCAGCCUAGCUUUGUCACAAUCCAGUCCUUCAAGCAUACCCAGCCCAGGACACAGCCGGCAGAAGAACACAAACAGAACGGGCAGGAUAAGGACUCUUCCAUAACAAGACUAUGAAGCCCCUUCCAAACCAAUUCUUGGCUACCAGAUCCCACCCCAGGAGGCCAUGGUGGGAGGAGGAGGGAGAGGAGUGGGCUGUGGGGGAGAGUCUAUUUCCUGUGCCCUACCUGUGGCUCUGGCCUUUCUUCUUUUUUUAAUUGACCAGUUUUUAGUUUUGAAGAAAAAAGGGGGAAAGGAUGUGAAUUUGAAAUUUACAGAAAACAGUACCAGUGUUUUGUUUCCAUCCUCUUUCCUUUCA